CAACGUAAGACAGAACACAGAUGACGUCAAAAGUGGGCGCGGUGAAAUGAUACCUCGUUUGCUAGCUUGCUGCUGUUGCAAAAUACGCCAUCGAAAAACCGUAGUCUCGUCGCCUGGCAAGGGCAGGCGACAGGGCUGUUUUUUCUUUUAUGGCAACAAGUGUGAAUCCUUAAAACAAGCUGUCAAGAUGAAACUGCAGAGAGCAUCAAUUCUUCAAGAUGGACUGAAUAGAAUUGCCCCUCAAACAGUGACAAAAACUUGGUGACAGUUUUGCCUCCAUUUUUCCUCACAUAAAUGUGCAGACAUGCGCAUCCUCAGACUAGCAUACGUAAUCAUGGCCAGGGUCAGUAUGUUCAGAUCCCUCCAGUUUUUGCUGAUUCUGGCCUGUGUUCUGGCUGUGGUGACGUUCUACUACUUUGGCUCAGAGAAUCAGAACUUCUCCAGCACUACCAAGAGGAUCAAGCUAUCUCAGGCAAGCCGCAACACCAACAGAAAUGAUGCAGACCUGACCAUAGAUACCAGAUUUUCUGAGCUUGCUAGAUCCAAGGAGAAGAAAAUGGGAGAGAACGAUGCUUUUCAAUCCAGAAAUAAUGGCGACGAGACUUUGGCCCAACGCUACAAUGUUCUCAUGAUGUUCACUAAAGUGGACAAAAGCCAAAACCUCCAGGACAAGUUCAGGGUGGCCAUGUUGUCGAUGGUCAAGUAUGCACAGUUCUUGGAAGGAGAGGUGUUGGCGCUUCAUUUUGUGAGUGAUCCGGUCAGUAAAGUACUGGGAGAGAAGAUGCUUCAAGAAUUCUUCAAAAAUGUAACAUUCAAGUAUGAGGUGUUGUUCCAUGAUGUAGACGCCUUCACUCACAAGCUGUUCCCGAUUGUGGAAGCCUUGCAGAAGCACUUCAGCGCUGGCUCUUGGUCUUAUUUCAGCGAUGCCAUCUUCUUCCUCUCUGUCGCCAUGCACCGCAUCUUGCCUCAAAAUUUGACACGCAUUGUGCAGCUUGACAUCGAUCUGAAGUACAGGACCAACAUCAGGGACCUCUUCCAGGAAUUUGACCACUUCCCACCAGGAGCGGUACUCGGCAUCGUCAGGGAGAUGCAGCCGGUGUACAGACACACAUUCUGGCAGUACCGCAAGGAAAACCCUCAAACCAGAGUGGGUGACCCUCCGCCCGAGGGUCUUCCCGGCUUCAACAGUGGCGUGAUGUUACUGGACCUCGGCGCAAUGAGGGCCUCCGCCCUCUACAACCAACUGCUGGAUACGAGAAACGUGACCAAGCUGGCUGACAAGUACAGCAUCAGGGGCCACCUCGGGGACCAGGACUUCUUUACCAUGAUCAGUAUGGAGCACCCAGAACUGUUUUACUCCCUGGCCUGUGGUUGGAACCGACAGUUGUGCACUUGGUGGAGAGACCACGGCUACAGAGAUGUCUUUGACUUGUAUUAUCGCUGUGAUGGACCCAUCUAUAUCUACCACGGGAACUGUAACAGCCCCAUACCAGAUGAUUAAUCCCAGAUACUGAAAAUGCAGUUUUUGAUAUCACUUAAGACGCUGUCCUGCGUAGCUCACAAAACAACGGUGGUAUUGUUGUAACUGACUCACUGCCCUUUGCUGGUCGACGGGCUGCUAAGACCUUGACUUUUCCUUCCAACUUGGACCACUGCCUCCGUCGACUACACGUGAAAACUCCACUUCAAGUCACAUGUUGUUAAUGUUUGAAUGUUUUUUGUUAGCUUUUUGUCUGCAUUUUACUGAGAAAUAUUAACUGACCCCCCCAUCACCACCCCGAAAAAUAGUGACCCACUUUUGAUCGAUCUCUCAGAUUCAAAUAAAUGUCAGCGCUCGAUAUUUAUCACCUAAAUAUUUGAGAUGUUGGCUGGUAGAGGAUGUGCAUGAAGUCACACGACCAAACACUCUUGAAAAGAAACAUUUCAAAUCAAUACGUUUUUCACAAAUGAACCCUAAAGCUGAGCAAUGUUGUUCAUUUUUUUUUAAAAAGGCUCGAUUGUGAAGUCUUGAUUGCACUUAUGCUGACUCAUGCUGUUUUUUUAAGCAUCAGUUCAUUUCUUUUUCAGAAUGUUUCAGAGUGACGGAUCUGUAUUCCGACUUACACUGGAACAUGUUUUUUUUUCUCUCGAGCAGGGGAGUUUAUAGUACAGGGCGUAUAAAAUAUAUAACACAUUUUCACUCGGUGCACACCUGCACAAUUUAAAGUGGCUCUGAUCGAGACACAGAAUGUUAAUUCAUUUCGUCGACUUUUCCUGACAUUUUUUUUUCUUUUUAGGAGAAGACUAAUUGUUUUGUGCAAAGACGGAUUCCGAUUUGGAACCUUUUCUACCGAUAAUUCCCUCCACUGUAACCUAGGCCCCAGUUCCAACAAAAUUAUGCUGCCACCAACUUGCUUCACUCGGACCAUAAAACAAUUGUAUGCAUCCCUUUGUGAAAUUUCAGUCAUGCUUUGCCAAAACUUUAAAGCAAUGUUGAACAUUUUGGCCAUCAUUCCAAAAGUUAUGUUUGUCGCAAAUACAACACUGCUCAUCACCAAAAGAACGCCAUACGUGUGGUGAAACACGGUUUUGGCACCAUCAUGCUUUUGGGCUAUUCUUCUUUAGCUAGAACUGGGCCGAUGAAGAGUUCCAAAUACCAGUCAGUGUUAGCACAAAACCUUCUAGCCUCUGGUAGAAAGGCAACAAAUGUCAGGAAAAGCCCACUAGAACACUGAACUUUAUUUGGGGUUAAUCAGAGGCGCCGUUUACACUCCCAUUUAUCAUGAGUUUGAAGGUGAAUGGUAAAUUGUGAAAAUGGCCACACGUAAAGAGAGUGGGCACGGCCACGUCAAUUGUUUGUCAAAUGUCCUCUCUCCAAAAGAUUUGAGAUGUACAGGUUUCAGGUUCCAUGAAAGAUGAAAAAUGCUUUUAAGCUAUUUAUUCUGAGGUCUUUUUCAUGUCACAGAAAAGGGGCACCUUUUAUAUCAACUUUAACAGCGAUCAGAAGUUAUUGUUAUAGUUUUCUCAGAUGAUUGGCUGCACUGUGCUGGCACCUAGUUGUCUUUUUUGUGCAAUGACUGAACAUUUGUAAUAAUAGGUUCAUCUAAGAUGCAAAUACUCGAUCUUGAAUAUUGAUUCUCUCCUCAACAGAAAAACCAUUAAAAAAUGGUGUUGGUUGAAUUAGCUGUCAGCCAUGGGACUCUAAUUCAGUAUGAUUUUGAACUUUGACGGAUGAUUGUGUGGUCAGCUUUUCGGAAAAUAUCCAUUGUGUUUGUGUCACUAAAUGACAUGUAAUAUUUGUGCAGAGGACAGGUCGACGGGGCACUUGUUUCCACAUACAUUCAUUUAGAAGGUACAAACUAUGUAUGUUAGUUAGUAUGCAACCCUUGUUUCUCAUUAUUUAAAAAAAAACACCCUCUUUCGCUCGCAAACAAGAGCUGACCUAUUUCUGUCACUCGCUUAGAAUAACUACAGUCAGGAUCUUUGAUCUUCCAUGUGUUGGUAUUUAGAAUGAUCUAUAAACUUGAGGUCCGUGAGGGACAAUGAGAGGAAAUUGUAUUUGUCCUCGGCUUUGGAUGAUUAUUUACAUUGCAGCAUUGGCAUAGUUUUGCCAUUAUGUUGCAACGCAUUUGAGAUCAAAAAAGUCAGUGCAAAGUCUGACGAGUUAUUAAACAUUUUUUGCAUUGAAUCCACUCAAAAUUAAAAUAAACACCAGUCCCAAAAGACCAAACCUUGAAAAUAACAGAAAAUAAAGGACAUUUGAAUGCUCUUGCUGAGGGAAUACCGGUUCCACGUCGAACUUUAGCAAACACUCCAACCUCUGACUCCGUCAGACCACGGAGAUCGUGACACGGCAUUAAAGUUGUACUUGACUUGACUUGACCUCAUGACGCCAAUUUUCAUGUCGAAAUUAACUGUACGCUUUGAAGUGUAGCUUUGAAGUGUCUCACAAUAUUCUGCCCAGGCAGUCAGUGACUGUCGCUUCCUCUGAUAACUUCCUGGAAGUCAGAUUUGGACUUCCCCAGCCUAAAGAAUGUGUGUCAUUGGCCAUCAUUUGAUUGGGCGAUUUGAAAUGCGAAAGACGGUGGGACAAAUGAAUGGGACAUGGCCCCGUUCAGAGUGUUUAGGCCAGGGUUAUCAAACUCAGGUCCCGGAGGGCCGCUGUCCUGCAUGUUUUCCAAGUUUCCCUGUUGCAACACACCUGAUUCCAAUGAACAGGUUCAAUGUCAGGCUUGCGCAGAGCUUGCUGAUGAUCUGAUCAUUUGAAUCUGGUGUGUUGCAACAG